CCAUUUGAAAUACAUAGGGGGUUAAGGCAGGGAGAUGCGUUGGCGUGCCAGCUUUUUAAUGUCGCCUUAGAAAAAGUUGUAAGAGACGCUAAUUUAGAUAGCAGGGGAACAAUAUUUAAUAGAUCAGUCCAAAUUCUAGCAUAUGCAGACGACGUGGACAAUUAUAACAAGAACCAGGGCGAGAACUGCAGAAAUCCUAACCGAGCUAGUAGCAGCAGCAGAACGAAUGGGGUUACAUAUAAAUCAAAAUAAAACCAAAUUUAUUGCGACUAACACAAACACAAGAGCUGGAAAUGUUGACGCAAAUUUAAUCAUCAAUGACCAAAACUUCGAAGCAGUCAAAGAGUUCAUAUAUCUAGGGACUUCGGUUAACCCCAAUAAUAACACAUCUGAGGAAAUAAAAAUUGCAAACAGGUGUUAUCAUGGUCUAUCAAAGUACUUAGCGAACAAACGUCUGUAUCAAAAAACUCGUAUGAGGCUGUAUAGAACACUGAUAGUCCCCGUUCUCACAUAUGGAUCAGAGGCAUGGACGCUAACUAAAACAGAUGAAUCCGCUCUAUCGAUUUUUGAAAGAAAGGUGCUACGCAAGAUAUUCGGAGCGGUCUAUGAGAAAGAAUAUGGAGACGUAGAUAUAACUUUGAACUGCAGAAUAUCUACAAGCAUACAUUUGGUGGUAAAGAUAUUACCACUAUAAUUAAGCGAAACCGCCUGCAGUGGGCAGGACAUGUAGCCUAGGUCUCUGAAUCGAACAUGAUAAAAAAGAUUCUAACAGCGCAACCUGUGGGAAUGAGAAGACAGGGUAGAACAAAGCUGAGGUGGAUGGAUGGGGUAACAGAAGAUACGGAGAAGAUCGGAGUCAGCAACUGGAAAAUGCAAGCAAGGGACAGAAAAGAAUGGCGUAGAAAGCUUGAAAAGGUUGAGGCCCUCUAA